GAAGCCUCGGCCCCGAGACCGCCUCCUCGGCGGCUCGGCUGUGCGUGCGGGGCCGGCCCGGCGAGGAGGCGGGACACGUCGGCGCCGCUGCCGCUUCUCCUCCUGUUCCAGCCGCGGCCGCUGCUUCCCGGUCAAGUCCCCGCGGCCCCGCGGCGCCCGGCGCGUCCAGCUGCGCGGCCCCCUCCUGCGUUCGCUUCGCCGCCGUGAUGGCGACGCGCUCGUGCCGGGAGAAGGCACAGAAGCUGAACGAGCAGCACCAGCUCAUCCUGUCCAAGCUGCUGAGGGAGGAGGACAACAAGUACUGCGCCGACUGCGAGGCCAAAGUGAGGAUCAUGUUUACUGAUAACACGUUUUGAACCUGCCUUUCCUCAUGGUUUCACGUGGACAAGGCAGACCAUGUUAAACUGUUGCUGAGGGAAACUUGUCUGGCUGCUCCGUGGAUGAUCUGGUCCUCGAUGGGCUUCCUGGAAUAUUGGUGUGUUUAUUUGCAUCAGAUGUGCUGGCAUCCAUAGGAAUCUUGGGGUUCAUAUAUCCAGGGUCAAGUCAGUCAACCUAGACCAAUGGACAGCAGAACAGAUCCAGUGCAAGACUUCUGAUGAAUAUGUGUCACAGAGGAUGCUCUGUGUGGCUCCAUGAGCCGCGGGGCUCCUCCUGCAGCUGGAAUCCAAAAGAUCUUGAAACCAGUCCUGAAAAGCUUGCUCCUAUGCAAAAAAUCCUGGUGGCUUUUGAGAGGAAGAUAGAGAACUAUUCUGGAAAAUUUCAAGUGGUAGUAGAGUGCAUGCAAGAUAUGGGAAAUACCAAAGCAAGACUACUAUACGAAGCCAAUCUUCCAGAGAACUUUCGAAGACCACAGACAGAUCAAGCAGUGGAAUUUUUCAUCAGAGAUAAAUAUGAGAAGAAGAAAUACUACGAUAAAAAUGCUAUAGCUGUUACAAAUAUUUCCUCCUCUGAUGCUCCUCUUCAGCCUUUGGUGUCCUCUCCUUCUCUACAAGCUGCUGUUGAGAAAAACAAAUUGGAGAAAGAAAAGGAAAAAAAAAAGGAAGAGAAAAAGAGAGAAAAGGAGCCAGAAAAGCCCGCAAAACCUGUUACAACUGAAAAGCUGCAGAAGAAAGAGGAUCAGCAAUUGGAGCCUAAAAAAAGUACCAGCCCUAAAAAAGCUGCAGAGCCCACUGUUGAUCUGUUAGGACUCGAUGGCCCUGCCGAGGUGCCAGUGACCAAUGGGAACGUAGGCACGGGGCCAGCCCUGAACGAUGAUCUGGACAUCUUUGGACCAAUGAUUUCUAAUCCCUUACCUGCAACUGUCAUGCCCCCAGCUCAGGGGACGUCCUCUGUACCAGCAGCUGCCACUCUGUCUACAGUGACAUCUGGGGAUCUGGAUCUAUUCACUGAGCAAGCUACAAAGUUGGAAGAGGUGGCCAAGAAGCAGCUCUCCAAAGACUCCAUCUUAUCUCUGUACGGCACGGGGACCAUCCAGCAGCAGAGUGCUCCUGGUGUGUUUAUGGGACCCACAAAUAUACCAUUUACCUCACAAGCACCGGCUGCAUUUCAAGGUUUCCCGUCCAUGGGCGUGCCUGUGCCUGCAGCUCCCGGCCUCGUGGGAAGCGUGAUGGGGCCGAGUGCCAGCGUGAUGGUGGGCGUGCCCAUGCCCAAUGGCUUCAUGGGAAAUGCACAGACUGGCGUGAUGUCACUUCCACAGAGUGUGGUUGGCCCCCCAGGAGGGAUGGUGGGACACAUGGGUGCAGCCCAGAGUAAGUUUGGCCUGCCUGCAGCUCAGCAGCCCCCGUGGAACCUCUCCCAGGUGAACCAGCAGAUGGCUGGCCUGAGCCUGGGCAGCACAACCCCUGCAACGGGCUUCAGCCAGACCCCCAGCACCACGGCGGGGGCAGCGGGGUGGUCAGGGGGCUCAUCGGGUCAGACGCUCAGCACGCAGCUGUGGAAGUGACCCUGCAGCACGGCCCACCGAGCUGCCACCUGACAUUCCUGCUGAGACGCACCUAGUUCCCCUGUUCAUUCAUGUACAUAUAUUUUUUUCUUUUUUCCCCAUUUGUUCAUAUUAAGAAUUAUCUGAUUGACCGUGUUGGUCUGUACUGAUUAAAUUUGCUGUGGUGACAAGCAGGUUGAGAAACCAUUUCAUGUUGAGGGCAGCUCUGCUCACAUUUCCCAGGAUUUCAUAGACACGUUAUCUGGGAAGCUGCUCGGUCAACGUGCAAAAUCAGUUUCCCUCUUGAUGAAAUUAUAGCUCUACUGUUCGCAUAUAAGGGAAGUAGUUAUCAUGUUAGUAAUACCUUUGGCAGUAUGAACCCCACCCCCAGAGUAGCCAGUAAUCCUUUAGGAAGGUACUGUAUGAUCAAAUGUUUAAUCAUAUAAAUAGAAUGUCAAUGUAUCACUGAGCACUGUUUUCUAGUGUAUCCAGAUUCUUUUAUGUCAUCAUUCACUUCACUGUGCUGUUGUUAUGAUGUGCUUAACAGGGAACGUGGUUAGUGAAAGGAAGAUAAACCUGGAUGUUACUACAAAACUUAGUUUAAAGAAUGUUUGAAGAAGUCAGAUUUUACCUGCCUCCCUUGUAAUUGGGAUCUCUUCCUGUGUAUACAGAGUGCUAACAGGAUACCUUUCUCUGCACUAGAUGCAAACAGGGUAACUAAACAAGCCACUUCAAUCCUUGAAGGUAUAUCCAGGUUUAUGACAGUAAUUGUGUUUACAUUUUAUGGUGCCUAGUACUGACAAAUGUCAUAUCCCUGUAUUAAACAGAUGAAUCCAUA